CGCGCAUGCGCGGUGUUCUCGCAUCCGGGGUCAGUUAGUGUACGUAGUGUAAGAAAAUCACAAUUGUCCUUUUUCGGACACCGGAGGCACCGGUUAGCUAUUGUUUAAACCCAGACGCGAUUCGAAUACUGCCCCAAAAGACGUCUGAAUGAGUAGCUUCAUCAAAGGAGUAAUAGGAUGGCAGGCUGCCGGGCCGCAGCCUACCGGAGCGGAGACGAUCCAGAGGUUGUGUGACAGAGUCGCCUCAUCAACACUUCUAGAAGACCGUAGAGAUGCUGUCCGGGCUCUCAAGUCCCUGUCGAAGAAAUAUCGCAUGGAAGUCGGCACGCAGGCGAUGGAGCACUUGGUUAACAUAUUGCAAACUGACAGGUCUGACUCUGAAAUCCUCGGAUAUGCUUUGGACACACUUUACAACAUCAUCUCCAAUGAUGAGGAGGAAGAGCAAGACGCAGUAAUCUCUCUCCCUGUUUCAGGGAAGAGUAAGAAUGUGUCCAUGCCUGAUGAGAAUGCCCAGAAGCAGCCAGAUGACGUCGGUGCCCAGUUUACCGAAAAGUUUAUCCAGGACCCUGAGCAUAUCACUCUCCUUCUCACUCUCUUGGAGGAGUUUGACUUCCACGUACGUUGGCCUGGGGUGAAGUUGCUGACUGCUCUCCUGAAGAGCCAGGGCGUCACGUUGCAGGGUAUCAUUCUUGUCAGCCCCAUGGGUGUUUCCAGAUUGAUGGAUCUUUUAGCAGAUUCUAGAGAAGUAAUUCGCAAUGAUGGCUUGCUGUUGCUGCAACAGCUGACCAAAGGCAACGCAGCCAUUCAGAAGAUUGUGGCCUUUGAGAACGCGUUUGAGCGUCUUCUAGAUAUCAUAACAGAAGAAGGGAGUAGUGAUGGAGGCAUUGUGGUGGAGGACUGUUUGCUGUUGCUGCUUAACUUGCUGAAGAACAACAGCUCCAACCAGAACUUCUUCAAGGAGGGCUCGUACAUCCAGAGGAUGAAGCCCUGGUUUGAGGUUGGUGAUGAUAACUCUGGCUGGUCUGCUCAGAAGGUCACUAAUCUCCACCUCAUGCUGCAGCUGGUGCGAGUGAUGGUGUCACCCGUGAACUCGCCUGGAGCUACUGCCAGCUGUCAGAAGUGCAUGUACCAGUGUGGCCUGUUGCAGCAGCUGUGCACCAUCCUCAUGGCUACUGGCGUACCUGCUGAUAUCCUCACAGAGACCAUAAACACCGUUUCAGAGGUUAUCAGGGGAUCACAGAUCAACCAGGACUACUUUGCUUCUGUCAAUGCACCUUCAAACCCUCCAAGACCCGCCAUUGUUGUGCUCCUCAUGUCCAUGGUAAACGAGAGACAACCGUUUGUACUUCGGUGUGCAGUCCUUUACUGUUUCCAGUGUUUUCUAUACAAAAACCAGAAGGGCCAGGGGGAGAUAGUGGCUACACUGCUUCCCUCCACCAUUGAUGCCAAUUCCAUUUCAGCAGGCCAGUUGCUGUGCGGAGGCCUCUUCUCCGCGGACUCUCUUUCCAACUGGUGUGCUGCGGUGGCCUUGGCUCAUGCCCUGCAGGACAACCUCACUCAGAAGGAGCAGCUGCUGAGGGUCCAGCUUGCCACCAGCCUGGGCAAGCCCCCCGUCUCCCUGCUGCAGCAGUGCACCAACAUCCUGUCUCAGGGUGAUAAGAUCGUCCGGCGGGGCAGUAAAGUUCAGACCAGGGUGGGCCUCCUCAUGCUGCUGUGUACGUGGAUCAGUAACUGUCCGAUUGCAGUCACACACUUUCUGCACAAUCAGGAUAAUGUUCCCUUUCUGACCGCUCAGAUCUCUGAAAAUUUGGGUGAAGAUGAAAGGCUGGUGCAGGGCCUGUGCGCGCUGCUGCUCGGUAUCUGCAUCUAUUAUAAUGACAACUCACUGGAAAACUACACCAAAGAGAAACUAAAACAACUGAUUGAGAAACGCAUUGGAAAGGAAAACUUCGUAGAGAAGCUCGGCUUUAUAACCAAGCAUGAACUCUACUCACGGGCGGCCCUAAAGCCACAACCUGUCUUCCCGUCUCCAGAGCAGAUGCUCUUCGACCACGAGUUCACCAAGCUGGUCAAAGAACUGGAGGGUGUGAUAACCAAAACAAUUCACAAAUCCAGUGAGGAAGACCAGAAGGAAGAGGAGGUGAAGAAGACAUUGGAGAACCAUGACAAUAUCGUAACUCAGUACAAAGACCUGAUCAGAGAGCAGGAUACUCAGAUCCAGGAGCUGAAAGAGAAAGUAGAAUCGAUGACCACUCAGAACGAACAGAUGACGACUACAGUCACCCAGCAGCUGUCCCAGAUCCAGCAGCACAAAGACCAGUACAACAUAUUAAAGUUGAGAUUAGGUAAGGAGAGCCAGUCUAACAACCAGGGAGACGCCGCUCAGGUGAAUGGGCUGCAGACGGAAGAGCUCUCCCAGCUCAGAGAGGAGUUGGAGGAGCUUCACAAGCAGCACACUCUACUUCAGACACAACUCACGGACAAAGAUGCACAGAUCAACACCUUGAAGUCGGCAGCACAGACAGCAGAGAGUCCUGCAGCUGGAUCGGACAACACAGAGCUGGUCCAGGAGCUGGAGGCUUUAAAAAGUCAGGUUCAGUCACAGUUGGCAGAAAUCAGCCAACUGAAGACCGAGAGACAGGAGAUGCUCAGAAAAGCUGAAGCUGGGUCCUCUGAUACAGUCUCUGCCAGUGACAGCUCAAUAGACGCCACGAAAAUGGCAGAACUCGAAAAGCGACUUGCAGUACAGACAUCUGAGACAGAGAGGCUGAAGGAGGGCCGGGCAGAGCUGGAGCAGCAGCUGGCUUCAGCCACCAGCACAGUGGCCAUCCUGCAGAAUGAGAAGGCAAAGCUGCAAACUGAGGUCCAAGAGUCCAAGAAGGAGCAGGACGACCUGCUGAUGCUGCUGGCCGACCAGGACCAGAAGAUCUACAGCCUCAAACAGAGACUCAAAGACCUGGGAGAGACGACUGUGACACUUUCCUUACAGGUGGAAGAUGACGAUGACAUUGACACCAGGGACCAGACAACAGACGACGAUGAGGAUGAAGAUGAGGACUAGCUGACAACACUGGAUGGAGAAAAAAAAAGAGAGAAAGAUAUCUGAAUUUGUCUGCCGGGAGGCAAGAAAAGACUGCGGACACACACCUGAGAAACGGAAGAAUAGGACUAAUAUAUGUCGAAACAGUUUCUGCUCCCAGUCGCCAUGCUGUCUUCAUUUUUUGACACUGUCAAAUCACUUGUGCGUGUUUAGUUUUUGAACAUUUGUUUUUGUUCAAGCUGACGUUCUUUCCAGCAGUUCAGUUGAACUUGUCAGUGCAUUCAUCUCUGCCAGGUCUCCCAUCAGUUUCAUGGUAGACUAUACCAGUCUUGUGUUUAUUGUAACGUCACGUAGACUCUAAUCACAAAAGAAAAGCUAGGAUGAUUUUGACACACGAGUCAUCAGAAAAAAAUAGAGGGGAAGAUUAUAAAAAGUAGCAUAGCGCAGCUAUAAACAGAAGUGGUAUAAGUGAUAUCACCAACGAGCUCCUCGGGCUGUUGCUUUCCCAUCCUGCAUCACUGCUUGCACCAGUAAGCUGCACCUGCCGCAUCACAUCCACCUGCAACAUGUCACUGUGCUUCACCCCUGAUUCGUCUGCCUUCACAGUCAGUAUGAGUUGGCUGUACAGUAUUUAACACUCAGACUCGACGGCUCAACCCAGCCGCUCUGCAAUAUGCUGCAAAACACGAUAAAAAAACAUGUAAAGACAAAAAUUACAUAUUUUUGCAACUUUUGGUCCAGUACUGGCAUCCAGCUUCUGUAUGAUAUAGUGUAACUUAUCAAUUUAAGAACCACCUUGAAAUGAAUAAAGAAUCUAUCUGUAUGCCGUAUGGAGGGAUAUUUGUUGAUAAAUUAAAUUUUACUAAAUCCAC